AUUGCGCCCCGGUGCCGUUGAGUACCGCGUUCGUCUUGAUCGGGACAACAGCUAUCUUUUUACUAGCUCGGUAAAAUAAUUUAUUGUGUCGAUUGUGUUUGCGGGUUCACGUGUGACGACGCCGAUAAGUGUUGAUUGAAGAGAAAUAUCGAUUUUCGUUAGUCAGGUUUUUUUUUUAAUAACGAUAUGACACUGUUGGUCGCUUUCGGUUCGACCGGGCGCCACGAUAGGCCGCAGUGUAAACCGGCGUAGUAAUUUCGUACAAAAUAACAAAUUAGCCGCCAGAAUAUUUUGGUUGUUUUUCGUGAAGCCCCGCAAAAUUACUAGUCUAAAGCAAAGAAGAUUCGAGGAAAAAAGUAAAGAAAUGGGAUCGAUUUUGUUGGCGUUGCAGUUGACUCUGCUCGUCGGUUAUGUCACACCCGUUGAAGUUCAUUUCGACAACCCAGACGGUGGCUUCUUUGUUCGUCACCCGCCGGGCAGUAGCCGCCAGCCGCAACAAACGGACGACGACGACGGCGCCGCCGGCGCUGUACUCAGUAUAGACAGGUUUACUGUAUUGCAGGAUGUACCACAAACGUCAAUUCGAGCCAGCUACGGUCCGUUUUCCACAAAGCAAACCGUACCGUCCCGUUAUCUAAUCCCUGGCCCCAACACGGUCAUGUCCAACAAUAACAACACCGGGUAUUCGUCUUCGACUACGGAUAUCUCUUCGAUGGACGUGUCCGCCCAUCUUGUUCAUGAACACGUGUACCGUGAUAACCCUGUAGUCCGUAUACUAUUUCACGUUGGCUACAGUGUGGUCAGAUCUCAAGCGACUGCUUCAGUUGUUAUGGGUACUGGCAGCGGUACAAGUGAUAAGAGCAUGGCAGGUAGUAGUACUGGAUUACGGUCAACUUACGGAAAACUGUGCGCUGUAGCCAAGGCCAUGUUCGAAGGUUCUGACCGUCCAGUAACGGCGAGCUGCAAACCUGAUCCUAAGGACGGAGUCUGCACAGCUCGUCUAGUAUUGCCGGCUAAAUGGUGGCCGCCAUUGAAUCCGCCAGACGCCAAGCCAGUGAAAACACCACAGCGACACGUGCAAAUAUCGUAUGCAUUGCUCGAGUCCGAUAGCAGAUGCAGCCAGUCGGAUGUUCAGUUGCAGCCGUUUACCUUUAUCGGACAAGCAGUUCUGGAACAUGCUCAAAGACCGUAUAAAGAUCUCAAGACUGACGCUUACCUGCUAACUAUGGUUCCAUCUGCGCCACUCUACCCCAAAUCGUAUACUUACGUGCCUGUGUUCUUUGACGCCGGGCCAAAAGAUCAAAUCAUUAAAGGGUUUAUAUUAAGAGCUAAAGUGAAAAAUGGAUUACGAGUGUUAAGUGCCGAAAACAGCUCCCCUGAUCGAUGGACGAUUAACUACACCUCCAACCCAAAAGGAACUCUUAUAACUGUGACCGCGGUACAUAAAGGACCACUCAGUAGUGGUCAAAUGCCAUGGCCAAACUCUAGGUACGAAGAAGUACUUCAGUGGUUAUUACAAGUGGACACAGAAUCGGAAGAAGUAUGGGACGAAGGCCGAGUUGUAUGGACUGUACAAUACGUUCUGGAAGCGAAUGGAAACACAACUGAUUGGACGUCGGCGGCCGUACCUCCUAAAAUGGAUAGACACCGCUCUGCAUACAAGCAUCAUCGUAGACAAGCAGCUCAGGAAGCCGGCCGACGUAGGUCCGCUAGACGUGCUGUCUCGGCCACUAAAAUGUUAUACUUAGAUGGCGUAAAUGGUAUACUCGAUGGCGUUAAGCGCAAGAUUUCAGCUCGAUUUGAGAUACAUAAAGACGAUACCGAAGCGGUACUUCCCAUUUCUAAGAACUGGGAAAUUAUUAAUACAGCUGUAUUAACGGGUAAACAAAUAUCCCAUGCCAUGAAGGUAUUCGUAGUGAGCUAUUCUGGUAAAAUUUCAGACGUUACUCGCCAGUCAACCUGUCAAAUAGAAGACGACAGUGUUCUCAAAGUCACUUCAUCAUGUAGUUCGGUAUAUGUAGAUGGCUCGGAAAUUAGGGGAUCGUCCAACGCUACCGUGAUUGUCAAAUAUGAGACUUACACGGGUACUGCUCAUUUUAUUGUUUGGGUUCCAGAAAUCAACGAAAUGGACUUGACUAUCUCUGAUCAAAAAUUAAAUCAGAUUAAGGGUUGGCGAGUACCAGCCAGCGUUGAAGCUGAUGAUGACGUUGACGAGUAUACAAAUAAGCUCAAGAGGUCGGCCGACGGCAAGCGAGGUUUGAAACCUGAAGAUUUCCGGCUAAAUGAAAUGAUUACUGAAGACAUGGUGGCAGAUGAAUAUGACAGGAAGGCGAGCUGUCAGUUAAGAUUCCAACAGACGUCUGUCGAGAUAUAUGCUAGAUUCAAAGCAACUGAUCAUGAUUCGGGACGGGUGAGCUAUUUUGUUAAUCGUAGGACGUGGCUAAAAAUCACAGACUUAUUACUUCGCUAUCUGCGGUCAUCGGAUCCACGGGUGGCUUCAAUCACCGGCCAGAUUGUACACGGUCACAAUGUGGGCAGAACAGAGAUUCAAGUGAUAUCGGCUCUUUCUGGGCACGUGCUCGUCUCCAAAGAGAUCCGGGUGGUCAACGACAAAGUUAGUGUAUCUAAGCUUGCAGUAAAUGUGGUGUCCGGCUUGCAGCUAAACAUCCGACCGGACACUACUGCAGAAAAUAACUACAUAGCCGAAACUUCGGUAACCCGCAAGUUGACGGCCAAGUACCAGGAGGGCUUACUAGAUAUAGACUUGUGGUUCUCGGACGACACGAAGACUCCACUGCGAUCCAUAGCCCUGGCCGAUUAUUCAUUACGCGUCGAAUCUACCAACCCGGACGUAGUAGCAUUUGCUCCCAUGGCCGCAUCACCUCAUCCUCGAGUUAUAGCUGUUGGGUCCGGUAAGGGGCAACUGUUGCAUGUUCUAUUGGGUCCUCCGGAAAUGUGUGCUGAAACCACAAGUGACGGCCGUAAAACUCAAAUGACUCUAAGCGAAACGACUGCUGACGUUCUAGUAGACUUUUUGUUGUCGCCAUACUCUGUCGAACAAUUUGUGCAGAACGACGGCGGUGGCAGUGGAAUACUAAAUGUUGGGCCGCCAAAAGACAAAAAAGAACACAAUGAAUCAUUAGGAAAAGGCGGUUUCAAGGAUGAAAAUAACGACGAACCGACGGUACAAGCUCGACAGCACAAUAACAAUAUUAUCAAUAACAAUAUCGCAGGAAUUGGUGGAGGUAGCACUACAGUUCAUGCUCAUAAAGUACCGACUCACUUGAGUCCUUUUGAGCUUGGUAUGUACACUUUGCUGGCUGCAUUAUGUUUUGCCAUUCUGGCAUUUGUAAUCUCCUGUGUCGUAUAUGCGUCAAAAUAUAAACAGUCAUCGUUAGAUAUGCCAACCACUACGUUAAUGAAAAAGCCGUUCAUCGGUCACGUGAAUAACGGCACUAAGGAGGGUGCAAGCUGCGGUGUAGGAAAUAAGCCUUUGUCCCAAGAACAGACCAUCAACGCUCAUGAUUGGGUGUGGUUGGGUAGAUCUACGUUGGAACGGUCUUCCGGAAUGCUAGUGCCUUCAAUGGGUAACAAAUCGCACAAUAACAACACUGAAAAUAUGCGUAUUAUGCCUAAUCCUGUGUAUGGUGUUGACGAUGUUAAUAAACAUUCCAAAGUUCCUCCGAUCAAUACGUCCACUUACAGUGUCAAAGACAGGCUUUCAGCCAAUGGGAAUGUCGUUUUCAACAAACUUUGGAAAGUGCUUCCCACACCUAAUGAUCAAAAUUUAGAAAAACCCACUGAUUACUGUCCACCAGUACCACCCCACAGAACCCAAUCAAACAUUUCAGCAAGAGUGACAGACACCUUAGAUAAUGACGAACCGGCACCAUUGCCCCCUAGACGCCAUCAUCACCACCAUCAUCAUCAUCGCAAUAAAAGUCAUGGCGGAAACAGGACUCCGAAUAACACUAAAGGGCUUGAGAGAAACUCCGACCCUGUAUUCGUUGAGAACUGUCAUCGGAGAUCGAUGGACGUCAAACGAGCAGCUAUAAUUGGCAAUCCAAUGUUUACAUUUGAACCUUCAUCAUCAACUACAUCACCUGUUGGGCAACAUCAAGCACAAGAACUAACGUCUGCUAGUAAUACAGAUACUAUAAAGUUAGACGACCUCAACUUAGGUAUGGACUACAAGCAACUUAUGGAAUACUUUGACAACCUCAAAGAGUCGAACGCUUAGUAACCUCUAAAGAAAUUGUUCUCAUAACUAUUAAUACGCGAUUUGCGAAUGCCUCAGUUACCAGUAAUCACGUUUACCAUCAUGAUAAAAUCCGCACAAAAAUUCACUUCCAUUUUUUCUGCUCCUUUUAUUUAUAAUAAAUGCAAAUUUCGUGUAAUAAAAAAUAAUAUAAAAUAAAAUUUAAAGAUUUUACCGAAAUUAAUUAUUAGUAUAAACCUGUUAUCUGUCUAUUUUCUUAGCUUGUUAACAUCAAUUGUUAUUUCCACCUGUGGUUGUGAAUCUUUUGAUAGUAUCAUAACAUUUCUGAUUAGGUUGUAAUUACAGAUUAAUACUUUGGUUGUUACUGGUGUUCUCCAAGUCAGAUUAUUGACUACCAAGUUUUAUUUUAUCUUCUUUUUAUCUGUCAGAUAUAAUUAUUAAAACAUGUUCACAAAAAUAUAAUUUUUUAAAUUACAUUUUUUACAUAAACUUAAACUGCUAAAAAAACCUAACAGUAUCCAAAGUUAAAAUCAACGUUGUAAAGCUUUUGAUAGAUUUGAUGAAUAGAAUUAAUAAUUCAUUUUAUAUAAUAGUUUAUAUAAAAUUUUAUAAAAGUUUAAUAUAAUUAUUAUAUUAAACUUUUAUUUCCUCAAAAUAACUUCCUUUUGUUGAUUCUCUAAAUUUAAAAGGAAAAAUUCAUUCAUAAUUUUUAAAAAUAAAAAUGAAAAAUUAACCCUCUUAUAUAAACUUUCAUUUUUUUCUACAUUGUUCUUAAUAUGUUCCUAUAAUAUAAAAUUUGUAUUAUAAUUUGAUAAUUAAUUGACUAUUCUUUUAAAUAAAUAGUAAAACUUAAGUAUGUUGUGUUGAUUAUUAUUAUUGUUAAAUAUUAUUGUUUAUUUUUAAUUUUAUUUUCAUUACUUUUGUAUAUAAUAUUUCAAUUUGAUUUAUGUUUUUCACUUUUUUAUUUUUAUGUAGUUUAUACACUUACUAUAAGUUGUAAAAUUAAGUAAGAAAACUCAUAUUUCAUUUAGAUCAUACUACAUAAAUAUUAAAUUAAGGUACCUUUUACAGUUACCAUAAUUAUAAAGUAUAAUUAGUGUAAAGAUUAUUUUAUGAUGUGAAUGUAAUGCACACGCUAAUGCUUACAGGUACCCAUUUUUUUCCUAAUUACUGUAAUUUUUGUAUGUGCCAUUUUUUGCAUUUUAAAGUACAAUUAGUUUGUUUAGUUUUUCUGUGAUAAUGUAAAUAAUACUUUAUUUGUUUAAACGUUUUUGUUACAGACAUUAAUUGUGCCUAUUUGUAUUAGUUCUUUUUAAAAUUGAUAAAUUUAUUUUUAUUUUGUUUUCCUUCAGUGUUUAUUUAAGGAAACUGGUCGAGAAAAGAGCUUUUCAUUAUGUACCCAAUAAGUGUAAAAAAAAAAAUGUAAUUAGGAAACUGUUUUCCUAAUAGUCAAGUGUCAUAAAGCCGUCCAUUUAAUAUUUUAAUGACUAAUUAUUAUACUGUAUUAUUAAUUACAAAAAUAAUAUAUGUUAUUCAGAAAUAUUACAGUAUCAUGUUACUAUUAAAUUAGGAACAAUCCAUUGCAAUUAUUUUCAAAAUGAGAACCUAAUAAUUGUUUUUAAUUUGAACACGUUUAUUAACUUAGUCUAACUAAUAUACAUAUUCAUAUCUAGUCAAAUUUUUUCUAUAAAGUAAAAAAAUGUAUACUAAUACUUUUUUUAUGUAAAUAUGAGUCACAUAUUAUUAUGCUCUUAAUUUAAAGGUUGUAAAAAUGUUGUUUAUCCUUCUUUUGGGGCAAAACGUUCCAUUUAAAUGUUUGUAUAUCAUAUAUAUUUAUUCAUAUGAUUUUCAUUAUUAACAUACUUAUAAUUGUAUACUUAAAUUAUAUAUUUGUGUUCCAUUUAAUUUUUGUGAAUUAAACAAAUUUGCUGCACUUCUACGUCAUAUGUGCGAUAUAAUGAGACUGUUUUUAUUAGA